CUUCAAUUAGGUCAUACCAUCCCCGUCCAGCCUCCUGCUUUCCCCUCAUACUUUCUCUUCCUUCUUCUCCUUCUUUCUUCCGCUGCCUUUUUCUUCCCGUCAAUUGCAUCUCAUUACUACCGUAUCUGUUGAGCUAUACCGUUUUUCAAUUCAUCAUCUAGCCAUAAAUCAUCUCACAAUGGUUCUCGCACGCCCUCAUAUCCUCCGCGCAUCUGCUAGGGCCGUCGGUGCCGGCAUUAACGUCGCAGCUCGCCGACCUCCCACACAGCAAUUCGCUCGCAGGGGUUACGCUCAAUCGCAUGACGCUCCCAAGUCCUCCGAUCUGCCAUGGCUCAUCGCAUCUCUUGGUCUUGGUGUCCCAACAGCAUUCUACCUCCUUCAGUCCGGACCCAAGAAGACCCCUCAUCACGGCCAUGAGGCUCACGGCGCUGGCCACGUCGAGAAGGAAGAGAAGGCCCCUGCUGGUGAAGCUACUCCCCAGCCUGAUCGCGACGCAGAGCAGAAGACAGAUACGUCUUCCUCGUCUGCGGAGAGCACGCCGUCAACGGACGGAAAGCCGCCCUCGGAGGCAGACCAGCCCUCCAGUCGCAAGGACAGUGGUAACUCGGCUACCAUCUCUGGCAAGCAGGAGGGUCUCUCUAACACUAACACGGACAACCCGUACGUGAACGAGCCUGGAAAGAGUGCAAAGGGUGAGGGAGAAACCGAGAGCGCCAAGGUGAAGGGGACCGUUUCCCCCGAGCGCCCCCAGGCUUGAUUGAGAUGACUGUGGAUCGUACAUGUGAAAAGUCCACUUGUGUCUUUGACGAAGGCUACUGUAUUUUAUCGUCCAUGUGACAUGAUUGCAAACUAGAUCAUCAAAGAGGUGUCAAUGUAACGUUUGCGUCCAAUACUUAGCAGUGAUAUGUUCCUUUUCCCCGGAGAAGGUGCAGCCUAGGCUCGCGGGGAGCACUCUCCUCAGCUGUGUUAGCUCUGCCACAGGAGUCACGCCAAUGACACAAGAUAUGUGUCUGGAUAGUACGGAGUACAGAGAUCUUUAUACAUAUCCUCGAGUAGGGAGGAAUUUACCAUUGAG